CCCUAGCCAUCUCCUUUGAUCCCCUCCGGGCCUGGCAUCUCCAUCUCUCUCCCCCUCACCACAUCUUCUUCACCUCCGGCCGCCGCCACGGCCAGGCUGGCGUGGUGGUGCGCCUCUGCGCCAUCCAUCACCAGCACCACCGUACCCUAGCGCGCCACCAACACCUCCACCAUCACCUCCACCAUCACCCUGUGCCUCCAUUCACCACCAUCCACAGCGCCGCCUCAUCACCUCACGCCGCCGCCCAUGCAUCUCCCUGCCACUCCUCCACCUUUCUUCUUCUCCUAACUCUGCUGCUGCCCUUCUACUUCUUCUUCCCGCAUCCCCGCUGCUCUUCUUGUUGCACCCCUGCUGCUCCUCCUUCUCCUCUCUCCAAGCCCCGCUGCUGCUCCCUUCGCCUACCUUGCUGCUCCCUGCCUCUUCUCUGAACCUUUUGCUGCUGCUCCUUCCCCACGAACCUGCUACUGCUCCUUUCUCAACGCUCCUGCUGCUUCUUCUCUCCCACACCUCUUGCUUUUGCUCUUCUCUGAACCAAAACUAUUGUUUCUUUCUCUUACCCCGCUGCUGUUCUCUCCCUCUACUAAUCUUGAUGCAGAUUGUCUCCAACUCGCCUCCCUGCUGAUCUUCUCCAUCACCUACACCAUCUACAGCUACAAGCCUAAAGAUUGACCGAGAAUUAAUCUCUGAAUCUCUCUCUUCUCUUGCUACUGUACUCUCAAUUUUUGUACUGUUCUACUAAGUUGUUUGUUCAGUUUCAGAUUUUUGCUUGUGUAGUGUUAAAUCUGUCAUAUGUGAAUUGUUCUGGGGCAUGUGACUCCCUGUUCUUGUAUGAGUUAAUUAGUUAAAUUGGUCACUUGAGUACUACACUUGUUGCGUAGUCGUGUUGGUUCAAUUUUAGUUACUGUGUUGCUCAAGUACCUGUGAUAUAUGAAUAUGUGCGUUUGAGUGCGAUGUGAAACAAUUGUAUUAUGUCCAUAAUCUUGUUUCUUCCCUGUGUCUUGUACGUACUAGUUAUAUAUACGUAUGUGUGUUCUAGUCUUGUUAAUUCUCUUUGUUCAGAAUGUCUGCCUAUGUAGUUUCUAAUUUCUCAAGCUUAAGAAAAUACCAAAAAGACGAUUAGUAAAAUCUGAAUUUCUCCUUGUUGUUUACGCUUUCUUUGUCCUCAACCCUGUCUAGUUUAGGCUAUUAUUUUCUUGCAAUCCUCUCUUAAAAUUCUGUCACCUAGCUUUAGCUGAGCAUCGUUGCCAUUGCCUGGUCCCUGAGGAGAACACGACAUCCCCAGUUUGGGCAUGAAAAACCCACUGUACUUACCAUCGAUCAUUUUGGCGCCGUUGCCGGGGACUAGAGUCGUGCGACCGUGUUAGGCUAUAGACUAGGUUUUUCUUGUUUUUCCCUUUGUGCUAGAUAUAUGUGAUAUAUCUCUAACCCCUAACCCUUGUUCAAGUUAUUUUCUCUUUCUUUGCUUGGUCAUUCUGCAGGUUAUUGCAUCUUCUCAGAUAUGGCUUACUAUUUAGAUUAUCAUGCUUUUGUCGAGCAACACUACAAACAACACGGAAAGUAUUCAAGACUUGAUAAUUAUCCAAUGCAGGGAUUUAGGUACAAUGACGAGAGCAACAACUAUGCACCACAACAAUGCGAUUCACCUCCUACUCAUAUACCUCAACACCAGGAGAUGUUGCCAAUGGAGUUAAAUGGUCCUCGAUUUGGUCAACCAACACCUUCAACACAAGUGCCCACACAAGAUGAUUUUGAUGAUAUAGACAAGCUCACAUUGCUUAGUCUCGAGUUCAUUUGGAGUGUUGAAGAUGAUCCAAUGAGGCCGGUGAUACUAGAGGAAAUGAAGGAGAUCAAGAGUGGAAAAGAGCUAGUGGAAGAAGUAAGGAAGAUUGAGAAGAACAUCAACGCUGGUAGUACUAUCUCCUCCCUCCUUGAGCCGAGUGUUGCCGAGAUUCCCCUUGAUACAUGUGAGGUUCCAAUACCGUCACAUCCAGCUGAGCAAGAUAGUAAGCAUCCAGAGGAAGAAAGACCUCAGAUUGAAGAAGAAAUACUUGAAGACAAGGAACAAGAUGAUCCAGAGCUCGAACAACAAAGUGAUCAAGUUGAAGACUCAUCAUCUAUUACUCUUGAAGAAGCAAAAGAAGUUGAUGUGAUUGAAGAUGAAGAACCAGAAAUGCAUUUGCCCAUCGUCCUACAGGAGCGUGAUUUAGCAGGUUUAUCCAAUCCUCUUGAUGACAUGCUUCCUUAUGAGAUCUUUGUUGUUACUUUGCAUUGCAUUAUACCAUCAAUUAAGCUAGAUUUGAAAAAUUAUUUGCUUGGACAUGAUCAUACAUACACUUUUGGUGGCAUUGCUCUCAUUCCCGAUGAUGACACUUAUUUUCCUUAUGCUAGUCCUAUGCUUAAUGAAACAUAUUAUUCCCAUACUAGUCUUGAGCUUAAUGAUAAAUUUCAUCCUCAUGUUAGUGUCGACCUUGCUGAUUUCUACCAUCCUAAAACAUGUGCUUUAUAGCUAUGCUUAUGUAAUUGGAUAUUCGAUUGAUGACUUGGAGGGUAUUAUCCCUACCACUUGCAUUGUCUCUUUGGUUGAGUGCCUUUUCAGUUUUUUGCUUGUGCACGAAUCAAUACAUGUUGACCAGGUUCAAGGUGACAUUCCUUGGGACCCUGGUGGACUCAGAGCAUGGGGAUGAGGAGAAGCAAGGGGGCACACACGAAGAAGAGUGAAGCUAGAGCAUCCAUGAGGAAGCAAAAGGAGAAGAGCUGCAGCUUAGAGAGUGAUCAAGCGAGUGCUACAUCAUCAAAGCCCGGUGAGCUAUUUCAUGACCCAUUCCGAGUAUAUCAUCCAUUUAUACAUGCUGAAAUCAAAUGUUAUUUGGGUUGCUUAUUAAUCCAUUUCUUAAAUGUUGCCCCACUGAAUUUUAUUUGACAUAUGGUGCUUCAUGAGAAUAUGCGAACCGAUUGUUGAAUGCCAUGUAAACUAGUGAUCUACAUAUUGCGUGCUUUGCUGAAAUUAGUGAGAACUAUUAGUUUUGAGUGCUCAAGUCCCAAGUACACUAGAAAACUUAAUCAUUUUCUGCUUUUACCUCGAUACACCUAGAUCAUUAAGUGUCAGAUGCUGAGUUUGUGCCUAAUGUGUUCCCAUUCAGAGCAAUCACUUACCACUAUGGAUUAGCAUGCUAUGUUCUCUGGAUCGGUAGCAUGUGAACAAGACCUAGUUGAGUGAUGAUUCUUGUGUUUGUUCAUUAAAAUAGGCAUAUCUUAUAGUGUAUAAUUAUCUGAUCUACCUAACAGUAGCAUGUCAUGUUCCCUGGAUCGGUGUCUUGUGAAAUCUGGUUUGAUCGGAUAGGAGUUAAUUAUAUUAAAAAAUGUAAUUGUUGAACCAGGUGUAUACCAUGUUCUCGGGAUCGGUGGUAUGUUCCUUUGGGGAGACAAACUAAAAAAAUACCAAUAAUUGGUCGAGCCAGGUGUAUACCAUGUUCUUGGGAUCGGUGGUAUGUUCCUAUGGUGAGAGUAAUAAAAAUAAUCAUUGCUUUAUUUCAGUAAAUAAGUGAUUUGAUCACAAGAUUUAAUUCAAGUUCCUUUUGUUCUCAAGAUCAUGUUCUCUUUAGGAACCUUUGGCAUAAUCAGCAUUUGAACUUGCUAAUCUUCUUGCAUCAUUGUAAAAGUUGAAAAUGAUCUAAUAGUAUCCUAUUGCUUUGUAGCACUCUUAACCAUUGAUUUUCACUAGCUAAGUCCAAAGCAUGCGAUGUUUGGAGAUCUACUUUACUGGGACAUUCUCUAGUCAGCUCACUGUUCACCAUCUAGCUCUUGUCAUUUGCCUUUACUUGAGGACAAGUAAAGAUUUAAGUGUGGGGGAACUUGAUAAGCACAUUUCAUACACAUAAUUUUGCACUCAAAUAUACUAUAUAUUGUGAUCUGACCAUCAAUCCUUGCUAUGAACUGUUGCAUAUGUGAACGAAAAUCAUUUAAAGAGAUCAUUUACUUGUGACUUGUUGCUUUUGCAGACAAGUGCGAUAAGGCACUAUAAUCGUCAAGAUUCCGUCCAUGUGGAUAUCGAGAUGAGCAUAUGAAAGAAGAGAAGGAAGAGGGACUUGAGUGUGAUAAAUGUUAAAGCUUCAAGGGUCUGCCUAAAGAAGAGCAGGAUCAACUUGUGAAGGAGGAAGAUAAGUAGAAGGGCCAAAGAGCAAAGUGGACAAUCAGAUCGAGGGGUCAAAAUCCCUAGCCAUCUCCUUCGAUCCCCUCCGGGCCUGGCAUCUCCAUCUCUCUCCCCCUCACCAAAUCUUCUUCACCUCCGGCCGCCGCCACGGCCAGGCUGGCGUGGUGGUGCGCCUCUGCGCCAUCCAUCACCAGCACCACCGUACCCCAGCGCGCCACCAACACCUCCACCAUCACCCUGCGCCUCCAUUCACCACCAUCCACAGCGCCGCCUCAUCACCUCGCGCCGCCGCCCAUGCAUCUCCCUGCCGCUCCUCCACCUUUCUUCUUCUCCUAACUCUGUUGCUGCCCUUCUACUUCUUCUUCCCGCAUCCCCGCUGCUCUUCUUGUUGCGCCCCUGCUGCUCCUCCUUCUCCUCUCUCCAAGCCCCGCUGCUGCUCCCUUCGCCUACCUUGCUGCUCCCUGCCUCUUCUCUGAACCUUUUGCUACUGCUCCUUCCCCCACGAACCUGCUACUGCUCCUUUCUCAACACUCCUGCUGCUUCUUCUCUCCCACACCUCCUGCUUUUGCUCUUCUCUGAACCAAAACUGUUGUUUCUUUCUCUUACCCCGCUGUUGUUCUCUCCCUCUACUAAUCUUGAUGCAGAUUGUCUCCAACUCGCCUCCCUGCUGAUCUUCUCCAUCACCUACACCAUCUACAGCUACAAGCCUAAAGAUUAACCGGGAAUUAAUCUCUGAAUCUCUCUCUUCUCUUGCUACUGUACUCUAAAUUUUUGUACUGUUCUACUAAGUUGUUUGUUCAGUUUCAGAUUUGUGCUUGUGUAGUGUUAAAUCUGUCAUAUGUGAAUUGUUCUGGGGCAUGUGACUCCCUGUUCUUGUAUGAGUUAAUUAGUUAAAUUGGUCACUUGAGUACUACACUUGUUGCGUAGUCGUGUUGGUUCAAUUUUAGUUACUGUGUUGCUCAAGUACCUGUGAUAUAUGAAUAUGUGCGUUUGAGUGCGAUGUGAAACAAUUGUAUUAUGUCCA